UAUUUUUCCACGGAGGAGUGCUCGACUUUAACGAUGGAGGUCCUCAAGCGCCCAGUCCCGGUGUUCGUCGUCUUCUUGGGGGUGUUAGGCGCAGGUUGCAGUCAGGCUGUCACUCUGGAGGUGAAGGAGGGGAACUCCACCUGCAUCAAAGCCCAGCUGUCUGCCCUGCUCCUCAUCCCCUACACCACCUCCAGCAGCACGAGGAACGCCUCCACCUCUCUGCCCGACUCCACCGCCGUGGACGCGGCGAGCAGCUCGUGCGGAGCGGGCGGCCGGCCGCCGUGGCUCGUGGCGGUGUUCGGCUCGGGCCACGCGCUCGGCCUGAGCUUCUCGACCAAUGGGAGCUUCUACAGCGUGACGAACCUGACGCUGCAGUACAACCUGAGCGACGCGGCGCUCUUCCCCGGGGCCAAUGGCUCUGGCGUGGUGACCGUGGUGAGCGCGUCGGUCGGGAUCUGGGCUCCGAUCAACACCACCUACCGCUGCGUGAGUCCCACCACCAUCAGAGCCGGAGGAGCUGCGGUCACCUUCUCCGCUGUGAGGCUGGAGGCCUACAUGCCAGGAAACGACCUCAGUCCUGCAGAAAGUGUGUGUGUGGCGGAUCGGAGCACCACAGCGGCGCCCCCCACCCCUGCCAGCACCACAACAGGAGCUCCAGCACCGACCCCACCAGGACCGCCGGAGGCCGGGAUGUUCUCCGUGAGGAACGCCAGCGGCGCCGUCUGUCUCCUCGCCAAGAUGGGUCUGCAGCUCCACGUCUCCUACGCCUCUCGGUCCCAGAAUAAGACUGUGGAAGGGUUGUUCAACGUGGCGCCCAAUCUGACGGCUUCGUCGGGAUCGUGUGGCGGAAGCGCGGCUACUUUAGUCCUGACGCAACAAGGCACCACGCUCAGCUUCACCUUCUCCACGACCUCAGCAGCUAACAAGUACCACCUGAGCGGGAUCAGUCUGUGGGCCAACUGGACCGACAUGAGAGCUCCCUUCUCAGCCAGCAACACCUCCCUGGACUACCUCGGCGCUACGCUGGGCCGCUCUUACGUCUGCAACGCGGAGCAGACUCUGCUGGUGGCUCCAGCUUUCUCCAUCAACACGUUCGGGCUGCAGGUGCAGCCGUUCGCCGUCUCCAGCAGUCGCUUCGCAGCAGCUGAGGAAUGCCUGCUGGACCUGGACCAGACGCUGAUCCCCAUCAUCGUCGGCGCAGCGCUGGCCGCUCUGGUGCUGAUCGUCCUCAUGGCGUAUCUACUGGGCAGGAAGAGGAGCCACGCCGGGUACCAGACCAUCUGAGAGGACGCCUUGACUAACUUUACCCUCACAGACUGAGUGCUGGAGGCAAAAAAAACGGCGUGAAUGAGAGUAAAGGAAACGCCUGCGUGAGUGAAAGUUGUGGAUUUUAGACCGCUGACCACGAUGGAGCCGGAGAGGACCGAGCAGCGACGGUUCAGCUCUUUGCUUCUACUGGUGAAAGCGUGACUUGAAUUUCUUUGUUUGAUUUUGAAAAUGAACCGUUAAGAUCUUAAAAAAACCCUCAGAUCAACCAGAUUUUUCUUUUUCUUUGUAAUCCUUGAUUAAAAGGGAAAUCUCUAAAUAAGUCUCUUGAUGCCUGGGCCCAGUGAGGACUGGGUGAAGGGACAUUAUUGGAUUUUUUUUUUUUUUUAAACGGUGUAACAUUUCCCCUCCUUUCUGGAUGUGAAUUAUGUAUUUAAGGAGGAGACAGAAGUUAAAGAUUUUAUUUAAUGCAGGAAGGCGUUAUCUCCUCUUUGAAUUAAUCUGGUCUGAAUGGGGACUUCAUUUUAAAUCUGUCUGAAAAAACACUUUUCUCUGCUUUUUCUUCAGGGUUCUCAGCUUGCUUUGAUAAUUUGUUAAGUGAAACAAUCUUUUCACGAUGUUUUGGGACGCGGGAGCGCUUGUUUUUUUUUUGCUGGACACAUGUCUUGUUCUGUAUGGCUCAGAAGUAUUUUUCCAUUAAACAUUAAAAUUAAAACUUUUUUUGUUCCUUCUUUAA